AAACACCUAAUUCAGUGCGUGACAGGGUAAGUAUCAUGUCACUGUAUCCCGAUUGGUCAUGCACUAUGACUACUUGGCCACAGAGAUGCCCCUUUGGCUGACUGGUUAGUGCACGUGACUCUCACCCGGGAGUCUGGGGAUCAAAUCCUGCCUGGGUUUCACAACCUUGCCACAAAGUGUUACAUCACCUGUUUACCAGGUGUUCAUGCUCUACAGAAGCCAGAACCAACUGAAUGAAAGCAUGUGUGCUGGAGCAGGGAAACCACUAAAACAUGCUGGAUGGCAGCACUGGAGGACAAGGAUUGCGUACCCCUUGUGUAUGAUUUUUAACAUUUUAAUUGAUUAGUUUAAUAUUAUAUUUCAACCGUUUGUUUCAAAUCCACCUUAAAAACGUUCCUCGUUGUAGAGAAUUGGUGUUUGAACUGCAUGAAGACUCCUGGUGCGCUGAGUUGGACCACUUCCAUGCAGACAGAAACGCUAGUGGGCUGCGUUUGGCUCAACCUCCUUCCCGUCAUGACUGCUGUGAGAGGCAAACGGUGAUGACGACAGCGCGUAAACCGGCUGCUGGAGACGGGAGACGCUCCGGUUACGCUGUUUGAGCGGCGAACACAAGUGCCUGCCAGCCCACACGGCACCAGCCAGCCGCUUCCACAUCCAGAAGACCCCGCAGCUCCGUGCGUUAGAUGGAUCAACGCAGGACGCGCUUUUUAAAGUCUCUCACCAAUCUGCUUUUUAAUGAGGCGCGCAUUCACGCGCAGUAUUUGGAGGAACUUUCCCAGCAGCUGAGCCUAAUUUGACCGAUCACAAGUGCAGAAAGACACACGGCUCCGUUUAACGAGGAUGCCAACGAGGCACCGCGGCUCCCCGGCGCCUAACCAGAGCGAUCUGUUCACGGACGGCUCUGACACAUCAGACCCCACCGAGAUGGAGAGGCAGAUCCGCCUCCUGCUGUUCGGCUUGUGCGUAACCAUCGCCGCCGCGACCUUUGUCGGAGGCGUGUAUUCGCUGCUUUCUCUUCUCCGGAUGAGGAGAAAGACGUCUCUGUGUUUGAUCGUGGCUUCCAUGUCCGUGGAUGACCUGCUCAGCGUGGUGCCUCUCUCCCUCUUCCUGCUCCUCCAGUGGGAGACGCGCGCAGGUGAAGGGUCGGGCCUCCUGUGCACUUUGUCCGGACUUCUGUACGUGUUCCAGGGGGUUUCCAGCAACAUGAAGGCUUGCCUCAUAGCAGCGUACACUUUUUAUGUCACCAAGAGGUUCGGGGUGCUCCAGUCUGUCCGCCGGCCCCUCAGGGUGAUGUGGGCUGUCGGCGGCGUGUGGGCGGUGAGCCUGGCCGUCAGCGUGUUGCCUCUGUGCGGAUGGGGCAGCUUUACGCCCGCCUCUCUCGGCUGCUUCCCCGAAAGCAACGGUUUUUACAUCCUGCUGCUCUUCUCGCUUUAUUUCCUGUGCUUCUGUGGAUUGCUGGGUUUCUUCAUCCCACUCACGUAUCAGCUGCUGUGCUCCAGAGAGCCCCAGAGGACGUUGCUGUACCCGAGCUACUUGGACAUGUCCCGGGGACUGAGCGGCUCUGCGCCUCUCUGUGACCUUCCGUCGUUUUCUCGGGACAGCCUGGAUAAAAGUUUGGGCGCGUACAACGAGCUGAGCCCGAGUUCGUGCGGGACAGAGAUCAGAGACAGCUGUGUGUCCCCGGUGUCCGUCAGCGGACAGAGGACAGCUGCUGUUGGAGACACGCCGGUGGUGUUUGCGCAGAAGCGCUUCUCCAUGAUUCUGGCGGUGGUUCGGAUCAUUUUAUGGAUGCCAAUGAUGACAUUGGUGCUCAUACGGCAUGCAGUAAACGCACGCAGCUCCUCCCUGGAGACCCUGAGCUUCUUCCUCACUCUGCUUGCACCUGCGGUCACUCCCCUGUUUGUGCUGUCGGAGCGCUGGAUCCACAUGCCAUGUGGCUGCUUCAUUAACUGCAAACGGGAUGCAACACAGGAACCCUCAGCGAUGAAAAGAAAGUUUGAGUUCAACCUCUCCUUCCAACAAGGCUAUGGAGUCUACAAGUUGUCACACGCCACAAAGUCCCACCGCAGCCAUCCUGUAGAAAAUCCCGCUUACCACAGCCUUUUCAACUGUGACUUCUCAAACCCACGGCUUGAUGCACUGGAAAGUGGUGGGUUCUCCAGGAUUAGUCCCAUCUUUGAUUUCAGCACCUCUCCCCCGGUGGACAGCUCCUCACACGCAGGCCUUGUUUUAGAGACCAGUGGAGGGGAGGUGCUGGCUGAUUGUCCCCCGCUUCCUCACGAGAACCACAAGACCGACAAAGAGUUUCCCAGCAUCCCUUCACUGCCUCCCCAUCACCGGGAACAGGAUCACAGUCUCAACGACUCAUCAUCAGUGUUUGAAGGGCCAGAGAGGAGGCUGUCGCAUGAGGAAUGUCGGAAAAUCGAGCUGACGGACUGGGAGUGGUGCCGGAGUAAAUCAGAGAGGACACCCAGACAGCGUUCAUCAGGGGGUCUGUCCAUCCCUCUGUGUGCCUUUCAGGGCACCGUAUCUCUGCAGGCACCUACAGGCAAAACGCUCUCUCUGUCCACCUAUGAGGUCAGCAGCGAUGGUCUCAAAAUCUCCCCCAACAACGCCAAGAAGGUUGAAGUGUACCGCUCCAAGUCUGUUGGCCAUGAACCGAGUGCAGACGACCCAUCAUCUGGAGGCCAAGCUGGAGAUCCGAGCACCAGCUGCGUGGGAAUGGGUAUGGAGAUCGGCAUGGGAAUGGGAAUAGGAGCUGGGGUGGGGGACACCAAUGUAAAGAUCCACCUGGAGGUUCUGGAAAUCUGCGAUAACGAGGAAGCCAUGGACAGUGUCUCCAUUAUUUCGAACAUCAGCCAGUCUUCCACCCACGCCCGCUCCCCAUCCCUGCGCUACUCUCGGAGGGAGAACCGCUUCGUCUCGUGCGACCUGGGAGAGACGGCGUCCUACUCCCUGCUCAUCCCCAGCAGCGGCAACACCGAGGCAGAAACCAUCAAUAUCACUAUUCCCGACACCGUGGAGGCCCACCGGCAGAACAGCCGACGGCAGACGCAGGAGAGCUCAGGGUAUCAAGAGGAUAUACAGCUGCUAAAUGAGGCUUACAGAAAGCAGGCAGGGGAGGGGGAAGAGUGA